AUGACUUUACCAAAUGAAAGAGAUCGUUUUGAUGCGCAUGGAGAUCUCGAUGAAGAUGAGAAAUACUAUCAAGUUUUAAAUGAGCAUACCAAUGUUUAUCCGGAGAAAUUUCGUUGGAAAUUUUCAUCAAUGGAUGGAUUUUUCGAACAAUCUGAUCCACAAACUAACGACAUGAUGUUUAAUUAUUUAACUGAAGAUUUUGGUAUUUUGAAGCCCUGGCCAGAAAUAGUUUCAACCUUGAAUGAGUUAAAUAAGUCAUCUUCCAACAAUGUUUCUUAUAAAUUGAUCUUUUUCAGUAGACAUGGACAAGCAAUGAAUAAUAUAGCAUCAGCAAGAUUUUCCAAAGAUGAGUGGUUUAAUAAGUGGAGAUAUUUAGGUACAGAUGGUGAAAUUAUUUGGGGUCCUGACUCCGAAUUAAGUGAUCUUGGUAAACAACAAGCAUUAGAAAAUCACAAACAAUGGAAAUAUCAACUAAUUGAGAAUCAAGCACCAUUUCCGCAAAACUUUUACUCAUCACCAUUAACAAGACCGAUAGAAACUCAUAAUAUAAUAUGGGAUAGUCAUAAAGUUGAAAUAAUUGAAAAUCUAAGAGAAACAAUAGGUUUACAUUUAUGUCAUAAAAGGUCAAGAAAAUCCGAGUUAUUAGAGAGAUACCCAAACAUUAUAAUCAAUUCUGAUUUCAAUUCUGAUUUUACAGAGGAAGAUUUAUUGUUUGACAAGUAUUUACCAAGGAAAGAAUUUUUACAUGAACAAUUUUUGAGAAUUAAUAAAGUAUUACAACAAAUUUUUGAUUAUGACAACAAUGAGAUAAUAAAUAUAACAUCUCAUGCUGGUACAAUUAGAUCUUUUAUAACAGUCGUAGGACAUAGAAAAUUUACAAUUCCAACAGGUGGUAUUAUACCAAUUUUAAUAAAAGGUGAAAAAUUAUAA